GACGUCGUCUCUACCCGCUGCACCUCGAUCGUAGGUAAUACUCUAAUAUUUUUCUCCGCAUCGAUUUAAUUUUUCGGGGAGGAAAAUUAAUACAGUGUUUUUUAUUCUUUUAAAUAGAUUUUAUUUGUUUUACUCUUUCCGCGUUCAUUUUAUUACAUUCAGUUGUCCGUCCUUCUGUCCGUUCAUCAAUAAAAAUAUAAUAUAGUCACGACCGUAAACGUGUAUUUUAUUAGACGUUCGUACUCCUUAGACCGAGUGUAUGUACUUUGAAGCAAAACAAUUGUCGAAAUCGUGCGUUGUUUAUUAAGUUUGCAUCUCUGAAUCAUCGUGACCAACAAAUCAUUUUACGAAUCUUGAAUUCAUUUCGUAAAACGGCUGUUUGAAUCGUUUGAAUUGUAGUGUAUCUGAUAAUAACGAAAACAAGAAACUCGCAAUAAGUUAAAGUAAUUUUUUUCUUUAUCCGGCGCUGAUUUACAAAGUAACUGAUCAAGAACCGCAUAUAAGCUUUUUGAACGUGUCUGAAAACUUCCAUUAAAAUAUACACUACAAUGAUAACUAUUGUGCUUCUGUCAGUGUCUGCAUAGUGUUGCUUAUUUUGUUGCUGCCAUAAUUGCAGCUUUGUUUGAAGUUAAAGAUAUUAGACAAAUUUAAAUUGAGAUGUAUGCAAAAGGAAAGGGCGCAACAGUGCCAUCAGAUGCUCAGGCUAGAGAAAAGUUAGCAUUAUAUGUUUAUGAGUAUUUAUUACAUAUUGGAGCUCAGAAAGCAGCUCAAACAUUUUUAAACGAAAUUAGAUGGGAAAAGAAUAUCACAUUAGGUGAACCCCCAGGGUUCCUACAUUCUUGGUGGUGUGUAUUUUGGGAUUUAUAUUGUGCAGCUCCAGAACGCCGUGAUACAUGUGAACAUUCAAGUGAAGCUAAAGCAUUUCAUGAUUAUGGUUUUGUAAAUUCAGGUUAUGGUGUAAAUGGUAUUGCACAUAAUGCUGGACCUUCUCCUAGUCCUUUAGGACAAAUGCCUCCAAAUGAUGGAAUGCCAGGAGGUCCAAUGUCUGGUGGAUUUUUUCCAAAUGCAUCAAUGAGACCAUCACCUCCGAGUCAUUCUUCAGCACAACAAUCUCCUCAUUCUCAACCACCAUCACAUGGACAAAUGUUAUCAAAUCAGCCUUUUAUGGGUCCUCGUUAUCCAGGUGGUCCAAGGCCCGGAAUUCGCAUGUCACAGUUAGGAAAUGAUUUUAAUUCUCCUACAGGUCAGCCAAUGAUGCCUGGCCUGGAUCCUUUAAGACAAGGUGAAGCUGGAGAAUAUGUUGUAGGUUGGCAAGGAGGUAUGGGGCCAAUGAAUCCUCGUAUGAAUCCUCCUCGAGGUCAAAAUACUCAAAACAUGAGUCCAUUAGGAUCUUACAGCCCUGGAAUGCGUGGACCUCCUCCAAAUACAACAUUAGGCCCUGGUGGUGGUGGGCCAAAUAUGCCUUUAUCUAUGGGUGGACUUGUUGGAAGACCACAAUGGCAACCAAAUGCUAAUACUCCUAUGAGUUAUUCAUCAUCGUCACCAGGAGCUUAUGGAGAUUUUCCAAUGAAUAAUGCAUCAGAUAGUGGACCAUUAGGACCAAUGGGUCCUAAUACAAUGAAUUCGGUUUUGAAUGGCGAAGGACUAGAUGGUAUGAAAAAUUCACCUGCACCGGGUGGCCCGGGUACACCGAGAGAAGAUAGUGGAAGUGGCAUGGGCGAUUAUAAUUUAUCAGGAUUUGGAGGAGCGGGAGAAAAUGAUCAGAUUGAAUCUGCUGCAAUAUUGAGUUUAAAAGAAAGUAUGCAAGAGGAAGCCAAACGUUUUGAAAAGGAUUCUGAUCAAUCAGAUUAUUUCAUCCAAUAGUGAAAAAAUGAUGGUAUCUAAAAUUUUCACGUUGUAAAUUUAAAAUAACUCUCGCUAUAAAAAUCAGUGCAAUACAUGUUCAUCCCUGACAUAUUUUUUAAAUUUGAUAAUUCAUUACUAAUAGAGUGUAAAUAUUUAUG